AUGAAUUACCGAGAACAGUUAAUUGAAUUUUAUAAUAAACAUAAUCCUGCCAAGUUAAAUGAAGUGGACUCGCUCCUCCGUACAUUUGCAGGUAGAGAAGAAUCUAUGUUUGCAGCCUUACGUACAAAGUAUGAAGGAGAGGGAUUCGUAGAAAAAAAUGAAAAGUUAUCCUUAGUAACGGGUGACCCUUCAGAAUCUGACUCGAAUACUCCAUUACGUAAAAAUGAUGUACAUCUUGAGUUGCGUAGUCUUCUUCAAGACAUGGAGUCUGUUGAUUUAGAGAAGCUUCUGAGUCAGUUAAAGGGUAAAUCAACAGUUGGAGGUGAUCUCCUUACUCAUGCAUUAACGUUUAUGAAACAUUUUUCCGCAUGCGCUCGUCGAUUUCAGGAACUAAGUCAAACAGUAGUGAAUACAAAGACUAAUGCUGUGUAUCAUGAUAAAUCAAUUCAAACCGAGAGUGUGGAAGCUGAUCGACGCAAUACUGAAGUACAGGCAGUUGCAGCCGUUGUAGAUGUGAAUGUGCAAACGGAUGUAGUUAGUGAUGAAGAAAGCAGUAGUAACAGUGACGUUGGUAGCCCUUAUAAAGCUGCAGUAAAUAAUUACGAAGAAAUCAAUUCGGAAAAGGAGGAGAAGAAGAAUAUAGCACCAGCUGAUGAGAACAUUAAAAAAAGCCCAUGUAAAAAUAUUCCAUUGAGGUAUUCGAAAGAAGAAAAAGAAAUAGAAGAAGAAGAAGAAUGGAUUCAUCAACGACGCGUUAUCGGUACAGUACAUAGACUGAAACCUGAUACACAUAAACGUAGAGAAGUUAUUGGUGCAUUAUUAGCUAAGGGACUACUUGCUGACUCUGACUCCAUUACUCUUCAGCCUGGAGUAUAUUAUGAAAAUUUAUCUUUUAUAGAUUCUGGUGAUGUAGAACUUGUCGCUGCCUUUCCUGGAGCAUUAGUUACUAUUAAACCAAUGAGUGAUUUAGAGCCUAUUAUUCGUGUAGAGGGUACCAAUACACGGCUACGAGUAAGUGGGAUUGUCUUUGUACAGAAUGAUGCAAACGACAACACAGCAGCAGAUCCUGAAAUUCCACACAAACCGUUAGUUGCUGUUGUAUCUGCGGCCCGUGUGGAAUUUCAUGGAUGUCAGUUCUUUCAAGGGAGUUGUGCCGUGGAGGCUAUUGGUGCGGGUACAACUGUACAUCUGCGCCUCUGUGUGCUUUCCGCCUGUUCGUUUGCUGGUGUAUUUGUACAUCAUGGAGCCACUGUGGUGUCACUGCAGUGUAGUCUGCGGCUUUGCGAGGCGGGUAUUCGUGUUGCGGGCUCUUCGUCUAUUCAAGCAACAGAGACGGUGAUGGAGGCAAACACCACCGACGGUGUUGUGGGAUAUGCGGGGGCGACAGUAACACUACGACGUUGUAGUAUUCUGCGUAAUGGUGGUAAUGGUGUGUUUCUCGCCAGUGAUGCUACACUUGUGCUGCGGGACUGUACAGUGGAGUUGAAUGGACUCUACGGUAUACAACGACUGCAGGGAUCUAUUUUACAUUUAAAGGAUAGUGUGCUGCGGGAUAACGCGUUGCUUCCCGUCAACAACUUGAAUGUUGCAUAA